AUGAACGCACAGCCGGCCAAACUGGAAGUUGAUGGUGAACCCAGUUUCCUGAAACGACGUCUAAUUCCCUACGGCCAACGUGAUGGUGUACUGCAAGCCUUUGAGAAAAUGGAGCACGAUGACAUAAUCACACGAGUCACAUCCAGUACUUGGGCAACGCCAAUCGUGAUCGCAAUCAAAAGUGACGGCAAAACACCGCGAAUUUGUGGCAAUUACCGAUUAACCCUCAACCCGCGGUUGAAAAAGUGUGCGGCUACCACCAUGGAACCGGAGGGUUUCAUGAAAGCAUUGCACGGUAGCACAUGCUUCUCGAAGAUCGACUUGGCUGAUACAUACCUCCAGAUUCCUCUCUCCCCAACCUGCCGGCAGUUCACCACUAUCAACACACCAUGGGGACUGUAUCAAUACAACUUCCUACCGUUUGGUCUCCACACAUCCUCAGGCAUAUUUCAGACGGCGAUUGACGAAGUCAUCCGAGGACUCGAUGGCGUGUUAGCGUACCAGAACGACGUCAUUGUGUUUGGUACUACGAAGGCCGAGCAUGACGAUAGACUCCUCAAACUACAGGAGCCGUUCGCCCGAAAGAACGUAUCAAUUUGCGCUUCCAAAUGCAUGUUGAGCUCACCAGAAUUGGAAUUUUUGGGCUUCACGGUGAAUGCAAAAGGCUAUCGCCAUGAUUCAAGUCACUUUCGCCCAUUGACUGAACUCGAGUCACCAAGAGACCAGAACCAACUCAGAUCCAUCAUGGGAUGUCUCCAAUACUAUCCGCGUUUCAUUCCGAACUUCGCCACAAAGCCCAACCGCUGUUUGCUGCUCAGUCGACUACGGAAUGGAAAUGGACUGCCGAGUGUGAACAAACUCUGCGUGAAAUAA